UCAGCUCUAUCAAAAUCUGCGAUAGUCUAAUUAAAAUGCAUAUCCUUUAUAAGGAAUUGUAAUAACUUGUGAAUAUCUAACUAACUACGUCCAGUAUGCAAAACUUUAACUCACGAGAAAAGUAUCUAAUUUCAAACACAUUAAACUGUUUGCCGGUAAUAUUACAGGGACGAGCUGUCCUCAUAGAUCUGCGCAAUGAGACUUCUGUGGCGGGCAUAAUAAGUGUCUCCGACGGCCACAUGACGUGCGAGCUGACACAGGCGGUCUUUAUCGAUAGGAAUGGUGAACAGCACGCAUUCGACAACUUCCUGGUGCGCAAUCGCAUGAUUCGUCUGCUACAUGUUCCAGCUGAUCUAGAUAUCGGAGCUGAGCUAUUGCAGGAGCAGAAGGAUCGCAGGCGUGUGGGACGGAUCAAAACAAAUGCGAAGAUGACAUUUAAGCAGAAGAGAGCCGAACAGCGUCACAAGGAAACUUUGGAGAAUGUCGCAAAACUGAGAAAUAAGGAAUCGACCUGAUAAUUGAUAUCAAUAAGAUUAAGAUUAUACCCCUAUUACAAAUGAAAAUAAAAGCAGGUUUAUGGUUCAUCAUAUUAUUUCCAUA